AUGACCAGCAUGAAUAUCGGGUAUGAGUUGCUGCGGAACAGCAGCAACCAGAAACCUCAAGCCCCAUCUCUAAACUUCACCCCUGAUCGCAUGAUGCCGGUAUCAACCAUGCAUCGCAUGGCCUUGAAAGCCAGUGAGAAAAUCAUGCUCUUGAUGAACAACACCCAGCUGCUCACAAGGCAUCAUCGACUGGCCAACAUGAAUGACGUCCUUGUAUAUCUCACGGGCAACCAUGAAGAUCAAGGUAUGCCUGGCGACAGAGGGGACUUCUACCGGAGAAAACUGGCCGAGCAACUCUACCUCCAUUAUGCCAUCCAGAACAUUGACCACACUAACGUGCUCAUAUUUGUUGAGGGACUUGUUCGCUUGGAACAUGACUGCCGCCACAUCCUGUCCCAGCUUGGCUGUCGUCGUUCAGAAGCUCCACCUGUCAACAUAGAUGGCCAGACUUUGGAUAUCAUUGGCCGACUGGCAGAUCUUUACUGA